ACCUUAAUGUUACCAAUUACUAAUGUUGUGACAUAAACUUAAAUUGAAAGAGAUUUUCGAACAUGACUAGCUAUUCAUGCACAGGGUCUAACCUAGUGAAAUACUACGUACUAUUGUGUAACCGUACAUGGCACGGUAACUAAACUAGUUAUUUAUAUAGUUGUCUCAAAAAAAAAAAAAAAAAAAAAAAAAACAAAAAAAAAAAAAAACUCAAAGUUCUGACUGCAAUCACCUAAACUAGAAUUUGAAAACAACAGUAACACUCUGCAGAAGCUACAACCAACUCAAAGUUCCAAUGCUAAGACACUCCUUCCGCACUCUCUUUCUCUCUCCUCGCCAUUUCCGGCGAUGCAUCCACUGGUCUCCCACCCACGAAACCAACCUCACCUCGCCAGAACUCCUCUCCCGCCUUUGCCGCCUCUUAGUCCUCCGCCGCUUCGACACGGCUGCCAAACUCCCCAUCAAAUUUUCCGACGACAUUGUCAUUGAUAUCCUUACAAAUCUUCGCUUAAAUUCUGAUGCUUGUCUUGGGUUUUUCAGGUUAGCUUCGAAUCACCAAAAGUAUCGCCCAGGUUAUAGAUGUUAUUGUAUGAUUGUUCAUAUUUUGUCAAAGGGUAGGUUGUUUGAUGAAACUAGGAUUUAUUUGAAUCAACUUGUUGAUGUUUGUGGAAAUACCCACUUGCCAAUUCGUGUUGUUUGGGGUGAAUUGGUUAGGGUUUAUAGAGAAUUUGGUUUUUCUCCUACUGUUUUUGAUAUGAUUUUGAAGGUAUUUGCUGAAAAGGGGUUUGUUAAUGAUGCACUCUAUGUGUUUGAUAAUAUGGGUAAGUGUGGUCGUGUGCCGAGUUUGCGGUCUUGUAAUAGUUUGUUGAGCUGUUUGGUUAAGGAUGGGCAGUAUGAUAUGGCUAUUUGUGUUUAUGAUCAGAUGGUGAGAGUUGGAAUCGCCCCGGAUGUGUUUAUGUGUAGUAUUGUAGUGAAUGCAUAUUGUAAAGGUGGUAGAGUUGGGAGAGCUGUCGAGUUUAUUAAAGAAAUGGAGUGUUUGGGUUUGGAGCCUAAUGUUGUGACGUAUCAUAGCUUGAUGAAUGGGUAUGUUAGCUUAGGAGAUAUGGUAGGAGCUAAAGGGGUUCUGACCCUGAUGGAUGAAAAGGGAAUCGCCGGAAACAUGGUCACUUAUACCAUUCUAGUGAAGGGCUAUUGUAAACAAUGUAAUAUGAAAGAAGCAGAGGAGUUGUUAUUUGAAAUGAAGGAAUUGAUGGUAGAUGUUUAUGCAUAUAGUAUUUUGAUAGAUGGUUAUUGUCAGAUGGGUAAGAUGGAUGAUGCUGUUAGAAUCCGGGAUAGCAUGUUAGGAUCUGGUCUGAAGAUGAAUCCAGUCAUCUGUAACUCCUUGAUAAAUGGUUAUUGCAAAAUUGGGGAAGUCAAACAAGCUGAGUCAAUAUUCUUACAAAUGGUGGAUUGGGGUUUGAAGCCUGAUUGUUAUAGUUUUAGUACUUUGAUAAAUGGGUAUUGUAGAGAUGGUCAUAGUCGUGAGGCUUAUGUUCUUUUUGACAAGAUGAUCCAUGAAGGGGUUGAACCCACUGCUGUUACAUACAAUAUUCUUCUGAAAGGUUUAUGUUGUGAAGGAGCACUAGAUGAUGCUAUGCAGGUUUGGCGUAUGAUGCUGAAAAGAGGUGUGAGACCAAAUGAAGUCAGCUAUUGCACGUUGCUUGAUGGAUUCUUCCAAAUGGGAAGGGUAGAUGAGGCUUUUAGACUGUGGAAAAAGAUUUUAGCAAAGGGGUUAGCCAAAAAUAGUAUUACAUUUAACACUAUGUUAAAUGGUCUGUGCAAGAUGGGGAAAAUGGCUGAGGCAGAGAUUAUUUUAAAGAAGAUGAUCGAUCUUGGGUGUUCUCCUGAUGGGAUGACAUAUAGGAUCCUUAACGAUGGCUAUUGCAGAAUUGGACAUGUUGAACAAGCUUUUAAUAUUAAAGAUAUGAUGGAGAAAAAUUCAAUUUCACCAUCGAUUGAAGUGUACAAUUCUCUUAUUGAUGGUCUUUUUAAAAGUGGAAAUUCAUCUCAGGUUCCAGGUCUUGUUACUGAAGUGCAUGAAAGGGGUGUAUCCCCAACUAUUGUCACCUAUGGUGCCCUGAUUGCGGGUUGGUGCAAACAAGGAUUGUUUGAUAAAGCAUUGAGUGUGUAUGAGGAGAUGCUAAAGAAGGGGCUCACACCGAAUGUAUCUAUUUGCUGCUCUCUGGUUAGUGGGCUUUACAAGUUUGGUAGGAUUGAGGAAGCAAAUAACUGGCUGCAGAAAAUGGCUGACUUAAUUUCUCUAAGUUCUGGAUCAUUUGAAGAGUUUUGGACAGCAGACCAAAUAAACCUAGAUGAACGCAACAUUAUAGAUUCUAUUGACUCAAGUUUUAAGAGUCUACUACCUAAUAAUGUCAUCUAUAAUUUGGCUAUAUUAGGGCUUUGCAAAUCUGGGAAGCUUAAAGAUGCAAUGACAAUGUUCUCAACUUUAUUGAAGAGAGGGUUUGUGCCAGAUAAUUAUACGUACAGCGUUCUGAUUCAUAGACAUUCUAUUGCUGGCAGUUUUAAAGAAGCUUUUCAAUUACGUGAUGACAUGCUGGAAAAGAAUUUAGUUCCAAAUAUUACUGUCUAUAAUGCUCUCAUAAAUGGCCUGUGCAAGUCCAGAAACCUGGAUCGUGCUGUAAGACUUUUUCAGAAACUUAAACGGAAGGGCUUAGUUCCUAAUGUUGUAACCUAUAAUAUUUUAAUUAGUGGGUACUGCAAUUCUGGCAAUACAAAUGAAGCAAUAAAACUUAAGGACAGAAUGGAAGAAGAAGGCAUUGUUCCUUCUGUCGUCACCUAUUCCACCCUAGUUAGUGGUCUAUGUAAGAAAGGAGAUAUUGAAAAAGCAUUGGAGCUCUUGGACUAUAUAAAUAAUGCCAAUGAGGAUACUGAGCUUAGUUCUUAUCAUGCUAUAGCUCUGAAUCAUGUGAAGAGUUGUAACAUAGAGAAGAUCACUGAACUUCAUGGGGCAUUACAGAGCAAGCUCCACUUUCCUGACAUUGAGUAUGCAAAUGAAGAUGACUCUGUAAAGUCGUUCAGAUGUGAGGAACAAGAAGUCCUCAAUGCAAAGGACACACUAGUGACUGCUCUUCAUUAAUCUAUGUGAAGAGCAAAAUCACAUUGGAGAGGUCUUCAUUUCCUACCACCACUCUGCUCCAUUAAGACCAUAACUAUUUCAGUGAAGCUUAGGGUGCAGGUGCCCCCAACUUUCCAAGUUGAUGUCUUGCCCCUCCCAAAUCGUCCUGUCUAUUGGAGGAUUCCCAAGGACUACUUAUGCAGGACCCAAUCUGGAGGCCUUGGAGAGAGGUUCCAAGGCUUGGCCGAAGCCCGAAGAUUAAUUAGCCUUGUCAAGCCAAGAAGGUGUUGAAGAACUGAACUCUGUAAACACUUUAUCACCGCUGUUCGCCUAAUAAUUUCAAAAUAACGGAGAGAAAAAAUGUGGAUCAUGCAAGAGAAAGGAAUAUCCUUAGUCACUGUGUAUCUGCAGAUCAUAGUAUUGUUGCUUAUGAAAUUUUCUGUUCAUCAUCACACUUGUUGAAUAAUAUGUUUCUGCUGCAACUGAUGUGGGUAUUCUUCAAAGGAUAUCCAUGCAGAUAUAUGGAUUGUUUCACAUAGGUCAGUUUCGUAUCUGGGCUCUUUAAACGUUUUGUUUUAGAAAACGAUUGCUGCUACUGAGAGAAAAUUAAUAAAGAGUGGGCAUUUAAGCUUCUAUUGCUGAUGAAUUGAAAAUUUUAAGGGUAUCAAAUUUGAAAACGCUGUAGCAAGAUCAACUAUGCUCUACACUUUUCUCAGUUUUUAAUGAAUUUAGUUACGGCUAUCAUGCCAUAGACUAUUUGGUCACAUUAAUGAUUGCCUUUUGCUGUAGCCAGUCCCCAGUGGCACUAGCACUCUGCCUAGUAUUGAGGUGGGUUAGUGUCUUCGGGUCUUAACCCAUCAAUUAGGAUAUAUUUUAAAUUUCCUCGUCUCUUUCUGUUAUUUCCUAUGAGAGGUGGGACAUCUUCAUGGAGCCUCUCUCCAUUUGCCAGAGAUGAGUGAGUGGGAACGAGAUGCAAAGCUUUUAACUAUAGAGAUAAGCUAGUGGGAGUGAGAUGCAAAGCUUUUAACUAUAGAGAUAAGCUAGUGGCUUCAUUUCUUACUAGAUUUUUGCAGCCUAGAAUGGAGAUAGCCUAGAAUGUUACAAUCUUCACACCCUAAGAUACGACGUUGAUCUAUACAUUUGUUUAAGCUCAUUCGACAUGCAUCGUAACACUUUACUCCUCUCUUUUCGCGUUUUUCUUUUUCGGGAUAAAGUCGGUACCCUCCACAAAAAUGGCGGAAAUUUUUGUUUUUUUUUUUUUUUGCGUUUUCGAGUCGAAUGCACACAUAAGUCAUGUACACAUCGAGUCUCAUGAGUCAAUACUCUUCACACACCAGUCACAUCGAGUUAAGUUAACCUCGAGUCGGUCAAUCACAUUAAGUCAAGUUUAUACCUUGAGUUAUGUCAAGCCAUGUAUGUCAAAACGCUUCGAGUCGAGUCAUGACAAGUCAUAUGUGUUGAAAACACCUUAAGUAUUAUGCAAUGAAUCAAGCAACACUAAGCCUUAGGUCAACCCUAAAAGAUGAGCAAAGUCCUAUAUUCCAAAAUAUAAAUGCAGGUACAAAAGAUUUGAAGCAAAAGGACACAAAUGGCUUAGCAAAUCAAAUAGAGUCGGCCCGUUCGCAGUUAGAUUGACGAUCAGCCUGAUUGAUUGAGCACAUCCGGAUUUUGAUCAAACACCUCGUAUGGAAUAGUAAUUGGUCAUAAUCGCGAAUUUCCCCAAGAUGAAAGAUCUCAACGGAAAUUAACUUAGACUCGGUAAGAUCUUGAAUGAUAGGGUUUUCGACAGAGUUUCAAGGCAUGGGAAGCUAUCACUUCCAAAGAACAAGUGAGCAAGAACAUUCCCGGAUUAAAAAUAAAAAACCGCGAAUAUAAACGCAUGAAAUUCUUCCAAGAUAAGAGGAGUUUGAGCAAAACUUACAUGGAUCAGUAAAUUAGAGAUGAAGAGCUUUAAUUUAAAGAUUUAAGCGGAUUUGGUUGAAAGGAAACGACCAAGUUGAAGGUUCAGAACAAAACCGAGCAACGAACAGCAGCAGCAGCAGAAAUGGAGAAGAAAGGGGUUUUUUUAUUUCAAAAACUUGACUUUGUCGCCAAACUUUCCCAAUUCUUGAAUGGUCUGGAUAACUAUGCUGCUCAAAGGUGCCUGAUGCAAUUUCCUCUGCCAAGUGUGGAGAGAUAGCCUGUGCGGAAGAAUCUCUGAGAAAAACCCUUGGUGAAGCCAAGGGUGAGGGGGAGCCUGCUGCCUUCAACAGCAGAGGUCAAGAACCUCGUCGACCUCGUAGAUUAAACAAUAGAGAGAGAGAGAGAGAGAGAGAGAGAGAGAGAGAGAGAGAGAGAGAGAGAGAGAGAGAGAGAGAGAGAGAGAGAUCAGGAGCAUCAUGGAGAAGGGUGCUCUUUGUGGAAGGAAAACUCACUCUGAAGACCUGUGCUGGAAGGUGAUUGGGUAUCCAAAAUGGCAUCAUAUGUACAAGAAGCAGCAGGUAAAAGGAGGAGAGGCCGGAGCCAAAGGGAAGUGGAGCAAGCAGAAAACAGGAAAGCAUGCUGGGAAUGUGCAAAUGUGCAAAAGUGCAGAAGAGUCUGUGUUUCACUGCACAGCAACUUGAACAAAACUUGUUCCCUCAAGCUCAAAGAAUAGCAAAACUGGAUAUGACACUGAAGAUGAAGUUGAUGUGAAGUUUGCAGGUGAGGAUCGAGACUAGUCCAGAGGAUGUAGGGGGCAUGCAUGCACUGUUGGAAUCUUGACUGCAAGGGGUGGAAUGACAUCUCAUGCAGCUGUUGUGGCUCGUGGCCGGGGAAAGUGUUGUAUUUCAGGGUGUUUAGAGAUCCAAGUGAAUGAUACUAACAAGGUUCUUGUGGUUGGAAACAAAGUAAUAUCUGAAGGUGAGUGGCUUUCUCUUAAUGGAUCAACUGGCGAAGUGAUCUUAGGGAAAGAACCACUUUUACCUCCUGCUCUCAGUGGGGAUCUGGAAAUCUUCAUGUCAUGGGCUGAUAACAUACGGCGGCUUAAGGUUAUACAGUUUCGACAUACUGUUUCUCAAUUCCAUGCAUUGCAUUUUCCUCAUCAAAUUUAGGCAUCCCAAAAACUGGUCAGAAUUAUCUUGGAGUUAUGUGCGGAUAUUAAUUGUGUGAGUGAUACAUCCAAGCAUUCAUUAUGAGCGUGCCUCCAUGUUCCCUAAACAACUGUGAUCUACAUAUGUAUUUUGUCUAUGUAGCUUUCGUUAUAGACUGUUUCUUUGACAUUGGCUAUAGCAAGGCUAAAUCAUGCAGAACAUCGCAAAUUAAUAUAAAUCACAUUCACUGUUAGUAUAUGUAUAGGUCAUGGCAAACACAGAUACCCCAGAGGAUGCAUUAGCAGCAAGAAACAAUGGUGCUGAAGGAAUUGGACUUUGUAGGACUGAGCACAUGUUCUUUGCUUCAGAUGACAGGAUAGAGACAGUGAGGAAGAUGAUAUGGCAAUAACUCCUGAGCAGAGGAAAGUAGCUCUGGAUCAGCUAUUACCUUAUCAAAGAUCGGACUUUGAGGGGAUUUUUCGAGCCAUGGAU